AUGCAAAACGCAGCGGAGACGCCUCUGCUUCGGCGUCUCAAUGGCCGGCCCCAGGCGUGUGAUCCUUGCCGGCUCCGAAAGGUAGCCUGUGACCACACGCAGCCCGUCUGCAACAGAUGUCGCAAACGCAACCAAGCCAGUGCUUGCGUCUACACCAUCGGCUCCACCACGGCGUCGGCAUCGGCCUCGACCAAGGUCAUCUCAACCUCCACCACAAGCCCCAAGGUAACUAAGAAGUCGUCAGCAGCAGGGCGCGCACGUCUGCGGCCAGCAUCAUCUCCGGUAUCGUCAUCGCUGCCGGCAGCCUUGUCAUCGUAUGAGACCCACCCAGCGGCACAUGUAGCCGGCUCCAGACAUCCUACUCCUCGAAGCAACUUUGAAUUUGGUGCUCCUCCCAGCUCCAAUCACCCCAGCGGGCAGUCUUCCACACCAUCAAACGAGAGCGGGUGUGCCAGUGGUACGACGGCGGUGACGACCGCCUCUCCAAAUCAGCACCGUCAGCAUCGCUAUGACUCCUCCUCACUUGCGUCGCCCACCGCACCUCUCCUCCCCCCUUCCCGCCUCGGCCCUCUAGGCUUCACCAGCUACUCUGCCGUCUACGAAGAGGCCCGCACCAGGCUCUCCUGCCUGCAGGGCCAGCCUUCGCCCCUCCCGGCCAAUGACCGCCUCAAGCCGAUCCGCGCGGGCGGCUUCCCCUGGGUCAUGUCGGCAGCCACCCGGGCGAACUGCCAUGCUCUUCUCCGCGACCUGCCCGAUCUUGACCUGGCGCAGGCUCAGGCCAACAUCUCCUUCAAGAAUAACGACACCUGGGCCCAGAUAGCUGCGGGAAGGAUUCUCGCAAGCUUUCGUACCACUCUAACUCACAGAUCUGACUCGCAGAUCGAGAAUCUCGCCCAGUUGAUGUCCACCAACACGCUGAAACAAGUUUCCGACGACCUCGCUGACCCCAAUGACUGGAUCGACCAAUUCGUGGGGCCCAAUCUGAGGUGGGAGUCAUUGGGCUUACUCUUCACCUUUCCCGAGCUCUUCUCCGGUGGGUGUGGAGUGGAGGAAUGCGCCAGCAGUUGGUGGCACCGUAUCUCGUUCAAGCAAGCCGUCCUGGAAUGGCUCGACAUCUGCCUUGGCUUAUGUCUCUGCAUGGCCGGGGGCAACUUGAUGGUAUUACACAUAUGCUCGAAGCGUUCCUUCCUUGAGUCAGUCACGCUCGGCGACGCGGGUCUCGAAUGCUGGAGAGCCAAUGCCGAUGCUGUCGCCGUCUCGACCUACCUUGGUUUGUAUACGGAGCCAGAGCAGUCCAACUACACGCCGACUUUUUGCUCCGAACUAAGGCGCAGGCUCUUUGCAGUCGCGUACACCACUGACAAGGUGAUUGCCUCCUUCCAGGGACGACCGCCGCUUCUGAGCAAUCGGUAUGCUUCCACUCCGCCACCACUCGACAUUUCCGAUAAAGAUUAUUUCGCCGGGAACGCAUCGUUAGAGAAAUCUAUCCAAGCUCUCGAUAAGAAUGGAUGGAAAACAACUGGCGACUUUAGUGCUACGACCAUGAUUCGAGCACGCGUCAUCAUCGCCCACGUCCGGGAUGAUCUGCUCGAGAUUGCCCUCGGCAGCAGCAAGCAACCCAAGGUUGACACCCUAAUAGAGAUCAAAGCACGCGAAGCAGCUCUCAUCGCCGAGCUACCCCCUGGGCUAGCCUAUGAUCCGCAUGAACUCGAGGACCCCAGGAUGAAUGCCGACACAGCGUAUGCGAAAACGUUGGUACAGAUUGAGCACUUGCAGAAUCUUUUCUUUGCUGAGCGUCUGCUCCAGCGGUAUGGUCAAGCUCAGGAGGGAGAAUUGCUGACCAUUAGCUACGAAAUGGUCACACUGACUCUCAACUUCUGGAUCCAUAAGGAUUCGUUUACCAAAGCUCGCAUAGAUUUUCAGUGGCUUGUCAUGGCCUACGCCGCUCCCGGCGGUGGCAUCCUCUGCAUGGAGCUUCUCAAGCCAACCUUCUCCGGCCCCCAUCCCCGCGAUCCCAAGGUCACCCGAUCGAGCAUCAUCCAGCAGCUGAGUCUGCUAGUCGGGUUCCUCAGCUGGGUGAGCCCCGACGCCCCGAACUCGGACCUCUGCGCCAGCUGCAAGACCGUCAUCCAGCACGUCCUGGACCACACGCUCAACAACCCCCUGAUCGAGUCGAGCUCGAAGCCCCUGGAGCCCUUCGAGCAGCCGGACGCCUACCAGCCCUACUUUAACUUUGACCUGCUGGAUACGUUUGACUGGCUUCGUGCCGACGACUUUAUUGGGGACACGCUGUGA